UGUUCUGGAACUCCGAUCACUCGCAGAUUUUUGCUUUUGAUUAUAUCCCACAUAAUUCUCAGCGUCUCUUCAUUUUUCUUUGUUCUCUUUUCUGAUUUUUCCUCAAACAGAGUUGUGAUUGAUACAUUAUUUUGUAUGAAUGUUACACUUCAUAAAGUUUCCAAAGUGUAGAUCCAUGGGCCCCAAAGCAGAUGCACUAAACCAGAAUCUCCGGAGGUAGGACUUGGGGGGCCUGCAUUUUAGUAAGAAUCCCACUUCCAUGUUUUUGUUUGGCACAUUGAAUUUUGAGAACUUCUGUGGAAGGAGGGCUAUUAGGUAAAUAUCUUUCCAAUGUCCAAGAAUUUUUCAAUUCUACUCUUAACAAUGAAGAUUCUUUAGAAAAGACAUCCAUGAGUAAUUUACCUCUCCAGUCAGGAAGAUGCAUGCCAUCUUUCAGGUGCUUAGAGAGAGAGAAGUAAGAAAUCAAAGAACUAUAGAAAUGUUCAUUUUUAUAUCGGUACAGAUUUUAUAACAUAUUUUAUAUAACAUUAGAUUCUUACAAUGUAGAGUUUUAUAUUUUCCUUUUAAAAAUAUUAGUAUCUUUGAAUGUGUCAUUCAUGCUAUAAUUUAUGAGCAUUUAAAAGAGUGGAAAACACUUUUAUUGAGGCCCUAUAAAAAAUGGCAGGUGCUAGGACCUAUUGGAAUUCAGGCAAUUCAAAUCUAAGGUGAGACAUCAUCAUAUACAGGGUGUGGUGCAAUUUAAGCAGGUGCAGAAAAACCAGUUCUUCCACAUAUGAGCUACUUAGACUCCAUUUCAGCUCUCUCCAUACCAUCUCCAAGAUUCUGGCAGCUUUUACACUUGCUCAUUAAGCUGAAAGCAUGUUUCUUGCAAAGGCUUUAUUGGAAGGGGCAGAUCAAGGUCUUGGAGAAGCUCUUGGAGGCCUUCUUGGAGGAGGUGGUCAAAGAGCAGCAGUAGGAGGAGGAAAUAUCAGAGGGAUAGUUGGAGGAAUUGUGAAUUUUGUCAGUGAGGCUGCAGCAGCUCAGUAUACUCCAGAACCGCCUCCCCCUCGGCAGCAUUUCACCUAUGUGGAGGCCAACGAAAGUGAGGAAGUUAAGCUGUUUCGGCAGCACUUUGCACAACUGGCUGGACCGGACAUGGAGGUAGGUGCCACUGACUUGAUGAAUAUUCUCAACAGAGUCCUUGCUAAGCACAGGGAUCUGAAGACCGACGGCUUCAGUCUUGACACGUGCCGGAGCAUUGUAUCUGUCAUGGACAGUGACAUGACCGGGAAGCUGGGCUUUGAAGAAUUUAAGUAUCUGUGGAACAACAUCAAGAAAUGGCAGUGUGUUUAUAAACAAUGUGACACCAACUAUUCCGGGUAUCUGGGAAGUUCUCAGCUGCGGGAUGCUCUGCAGGCAGUGGGCUUCCAGUUAGAUGAACAACUCUACCAGAUGAUUGUCCGCCGAUAUGCCGAUGAGGAUGGGAAUAUGGAUUUUAACAACUUCAUCAGCUGCCUAGUUCGCCUGGAUGCCAUGUUUCGUUCCUUCAAGUCUCUGGAUCAAGAUGCCGAUGGCCUCAUUCAGGUGUCUAUCCAAGAAUGGCUGCAGCUGACCAUGUAUUCCUGAAGCAGGCACUGAGAAGGCCGGGCCCACCCUGGAGGACAGGCCUGCUGGAAGCUGAGCUGAGCUGUCCACAAGGUUGCUAGUACCCAUCCAGCAGCUCUUACUCCCUGACCACCACUGUCACAGUUUCAUCUGUUUCUGGACUUGUGCCACCCUUUACUGCUUAAUUAAAAGAGAUUCUCCUUGAGAAAUGAUUCAAGUGGUUUGUAUAAUGGCUUUUUGAGAUACUGGAUUCAUGUAGACCUAUAUAUGCAAUGGUGGGAGGAGGGAGAGAGUUGCAGGGUGAAGCCCUAAUGGAGUAGAUAUUUAAUGGUUAUUGCUAAUUUGGUAAAUGAAUCCCAAGGAGUAGAAACUUUGUUGUUGUUGUUAAGAAUGAAAUUUUGAAAAAAUCCUGGAAUAAAUCAAGGAAGCACUCAGGAGAUAGGUUUUUCCCUUUAAAAAGGUGAGAAGGGAAAUUCAAAAUCUGUUUUUCUCUUAAUUUCACAUCUGGUCAUUCUAUUAUGUUAAAAAUGAAAAGUGCUUUCCAGGAAAACUCUGUUGAACCAUACAGAAACAGCUUCAGAAAUGUGAAAUUAAGCAAUUUCCUAUCAGGGUAGCAUUUUCUUAUGGGAGAGCAACUAUCUAAAAUUCUAGAAUUCUUUAGUCCCGUUUCUCUAGUAAAAUAAGCAUAUAGCAAUUCUGUUUUGUUUUGAUAUAUUUCUAAAGAGGAUCAAGGGCAUUGGGGAAUAAAGGGUGCCUGUAGUUCAAGAUGUUUCUGGUUGCUUUAAUGAAUCAAAACCAUCAGUCUUACGUUACAGCAUUCUUAUGAUACAAAAUCAGGCAUGCCCUGUUGAUGUUAGCCAGCUCUUGUCAUGUCUUGCCCUGCCUUGGAGCACGGAAAGUUCUUUCACUUCUAUUUGAAAAGUAAAAAACAAAAAACCUCGUGGCUAUCGAGUCGAUUCCACUGAUAGGGACCCUACAGGCAGGAAGAAAGUAAACAAAAGAAGAAAAACUUAAAAGAGUAAUCAGUUAAAUGGAAUAUAAAGCAGUAUGAAAGACAAAUAUUGCUGACUUUUUAUUACAGUGGUUCUCAGCUCUGGCUGCAAUUUAGAAUCACCAGGAAAGCUCUUUAAGAAUACUGAUGCCUGAGCACCACCCCAAAGGAGUUAACUAAGAAUCUCUUGAGGUGGGGUCCAGGGAUGAAGAUGUUUAAACUCCCCGGGUGAUUCUAAUGAGCGGCCAAAGUUGAGAGCCACUGCUUUAAAGUAAGACUGUCUCCAAGAUUUCGCAAAUCUGGCUCAGCCAAAAGUGAGGCCGAGCUAGGAAAAUCAGUAUUGCCAAUGCCCAGGAGAAGGAAGAUAAGGAUACUGUGAAACUGCCACCCCCAGAACUGGUAGUCAUGCCCUUCUUGCGUAUAGAAUCGUUGGUUUGGCUUCAUAAUUUUGAUUCAGGCUGUUAUAGCAGAGCAAGCAGAAUCCCGAAUCCCGGUGCAAAGUGGACUCAGGCGAGAGAGGCUGCCUUCCUGAGUGCUCAGUUCACCUGCCUGCUGUUUAAUUAGUUUCCACCCCUCCUGCUUCUCUGGUGCUUAAUGCAUUCCUUCUCUCCCAGGCUAUUUCUGGAGGGUCCAAAAUAGCCUGGGAGAGAAGGAAUGCAAUACAUUUAGCAGGAGUUGAAAGAUAAAUUCUCCCUUAGUCUUUUGACUCAUUUAGAAGAAACUCUUAACUAUGGAAAUGGUGUAAUUGGCCUGUUAACAGCCCUCAGCUGCCUGUAGAAACCCCCAGUGAAAUUUGGAGAGGUUGGCAUUUGGCCUCUGUGUUUACCAUCAUGACCAUCAAGUAUUUGUGAAACACCAAUGCAUAUGAUUGUACACUAAGCCAAGUGUAGAUAUAACAUCCCUUUCCUCAAAAGACUUGCAAUUUAAGCUGGGUCUGGUGUGCUGCUUAGACCAGGUGUGGUUAUAGAAGUAAUGAGGCUGCUGCCAGCUGCCAUACAUUAGUAUCAGUCUCCCUAUUUUGGAACAAGCCCACUUAUAUAUGAAGCAUGGGUGUAGGAGAUUAGCCAGGAAAGGGGAAAGCUGCCAAGAUGUCUUUUAAGGUCUCAGGAUGUUCAGUUUGUAAGUUAACCUUUCCACGUGUUGAUUGUGGACAGGACAGUGUUGCCACACUUUUUUCCUUCACUUCAUUUUAAAUGCGUUAUGAAAGUUAAGACAAGCAUUCACACUAGGAGUGGUACUGUUUCUCUUGCUCCCCAAGUAGAGGGAGUACCUACUUGUAUGAUUCUGUUCCAGCAGGCACAUGGCAAAACAUUCUGAGGUUACCUAAGUUUCUCUUCUGAAUCUGUACACAAUUUGUUUAAAUAAUCCCCAGAGUGGAUACUAGAAAAUUCAGUCCAAACUCUGAAUUUUUCCAAGUAGCCAAAUCAUUGGCUUUGCAUGGACAAAUAGCCUGAUGAGUGACUGAAUUUCUUCAUUUUCAUCCAAUGGUUGAUAUUUUAAAGACACAUUUUCAGUGUAACACAAGUAUUUAGCCAAUUUCUAUAUGGAAGAUUAUUUGUAGCCUAAAAUGAAGGUCUGAGAUUCAUAUAACUCCAUCCCAUUAUUUCUUGAUUUAUGACAUCAAGCAAUACAUUAUGCAAGUCAAAAAAAAAAUACUCAGUAAUAAAAAUAUGUGAUGUUGCAUCAUCUGCAUUUUUAAACUUCAAUCUAUCCCAUAUGAUUUUGAAAAGCUCCUUUAUCUUGGUAUAACCUACUGAGUACUAUAGCCUGUAACAACAGGAAAAAGAACUGUGUGUUCUGUACCAAAGAACAGCAAACAUUCCAACACAUUCAAUGUUUGUAUGCCAUCUUGAAGGUCAUUUUAAAAAUAUUUUUUGAGUAGUACAUGCAUCUAUGAAAGUUGAUUUGUAUAGCAACCUAAGUCAGAAAUCUUGAUCACUAAUAUUGCACAAAUAACCGAUACUAGGGCCUUAAAAAAUAUUUCUGGAAGCACCUGCAGGGCACCGAUAUUAAAUGUGCCUAGUGAUUGCAGGAGUCCUGGUGGCACAGUGGUUAAGAGCUUGGCUGCUAACCAAAAGGUCGGCAGUUUGAACCUACCAGCCACUCCUUGGGAGAAAGGUAUGACAGUCUGCUCUUGUAAAGACUACAGCCUUGGAAGGAAACCCUAUGGGGCAGUUCUACUCUGUCCUAUAGGGUUGCUAUGAGUUGCAAUCGACUCGACGGCAGUGGGUUAGUGAUCUUAAAGUGCCUCUAGAAUUACUUUCAAAAAAUGUGUACUUUUAAUGCUAAGUGGAUUAAAGCAACUUAAUUCCCAGAAAAUUAGUAAUACAAUUAUGUAUGUGGGUAGAAAUAUUCUUAAUCAGAAUAUUCCGGUAAACAAAACACCUCUUCCCUGACUCUUCUAGAUAACUGAGAAUUUACUGUAUUUAAAUAAUAAUACGCCUUCGGAUUUAUAGAUUAUUUUUACAGAUUUGCAGACUUGUUCUUGUUGGAUGCUGCCAAAGAAGUUCCAUUUUAUGUACACAUCGUUUGUAUUAUUUUGAGGACAUGGAUUAUCUCUCAUUUGCAGACAUGAUAUCACUUAUAAUUGCAGAGCAUCACGGUGUAGUGGUUAAGAGCUACAGCUGCUAACCAAAAGGUCAGCGGUUUGAAUCCACCAGGGGCUCCUUGGAGACUCUAUGGGGCAGUUCUCCUCUGUCCUAUAGGGUCCCUAUGAGUCAGAAUCGACUCCACGGGCAACGGGUUUGGUUUUUUGUUUUUGUUUUUUCACAUAGCAAAGAAAAAAUAGUCCCUAUCUUUGGGACCUUACUACCUCAAAACGUAUUCAUAACUAUAUCUUUAAAUGUUGCUAGACUUAAGAAAUUGUACAAGGUAUCUGAUUCCAUGUGAAUAAAAAUGUUUAAAAAUUCCAACUAUGAAACAACUUUAGGAAACAGAUAACUGAGAAUCAUACACGAGACUCAUCAUUUUUCCUUUUGUAGUUAUAAAUGGACACUGUGUGAGCAAGUGAUGUGGAACUUCCCGCUAGCCCAGGAAGCUGGUGUGGUGUGACUGUGGGCAUGGUGCUGGGGUGCCAUGUGCUCAUAGUGGCCCCAGCAGACACUUCCAUGCUUUCCUGAUCGUGCUGACAGCUGAGAAGGGGACAGGGUCCACUCCCUGGAAUUUCAGCGAGGCUUAGUCACCCCUUCUUUUGGCAGUAAUUCAACACAACUCCUUGGUUGCAACUCUGGACUUCCCUGGACUCCAGAUUAGGGGAGGUUAUGGAAGGAUUAAAGGAACCCUGGUGGCCAAGUGGUUAAGCACUGGGCUGCUAACCCAAAGGCUCGCAGUUCAAACUCACCGGGCAAUCUGCUUUCAUAAGUAUUACAGUCUAGAAAACCCUAUGAGGCAGGUUCUACUCUGUCACAUGGGGUCUCUUUGAGUAGGAAUCAACUCCAUGGCAACAGAUUUUUUUUAUGGAAGGAUUAGGGCCUCCUCCAGAAAAGCUGGUCUCCUCCUUUGGAAUGUGGCCAUGAAAUAUUUUCCUAUCUAGUUUUUUUUUUUUUUUAAUUCAUAAUCCUCCCUGAAGAAUUCAUUAGGUUUUUAAAGUAAAGAUCCACAGAUUUAGGGAAUAAUUUUUUAUCAUGGAACCAAUUCCAUAUUAAAAAAAUUAAAGGAGUGUAUUUUGCUCUAUAAUUGUUUUAUUCUCUGUUUUUUAAUAGUAUUAUUUUAUCAAGCUAUUUAUUUUAGUUUACGUGAUCAGGAGUCAGACUGCCUAAAUUCUAAUUGUGGCUAUGGCAAUAGUGAGUUUUUGUGACCUCAAAUAAAACUUUUAUCUCAGUUUUUUCAUUAGUAAAAAGAAGUUGGAAUGGGUGAUUUCUAAGAUUCCUUCCAGUUCUAAAUUUUAUUGUUCUAAAUUUAGAACCUUGAAAAUGUUUUAUUUUAUUAAUCUAGUAAUAGGAACUCUCAGAAAAACUUUCAUGCUAUUUUUAAUUUUUUUGCAUUGCUAAGAUGGAAACUUUUGCAUAAUUUCUGAUGUGAUUAGUCUGCCUUAACAUUCUUUUGUCAGUCCAAAUAACUCAUAUAAGACUGAGUUAUUUUUCUCUAAUGAAAGUAACAGUGAAAAUUGUUACCUGGUUCUGUGAACUAUGGUAAUAUUGAGGGUCUAUUUCACUAUCUGAAAAUUGAGUUGUGAUAUUUGACCUGCAUUCUGUAUCAGGUUUAGUACAGAUAAAAAUUGGAUACCUCACAAUAAAGUCAUGACAUAAGUUCAGAGGGGUAUUUCCAGUUUAUGACCAUAACAACAGUGCCCGUAAGUAAUUAGUGAUUAAAGAACUUCUAUUCAAGAGUUCUGUGUUGCUUAGCGGAGAAAGCCAAUUGCAGAAGAAAUUCACCUAUGUCGAGUCAUAUAUCCAGAGUUCAGUAAGCUCCUAAACUUCUGAGGCUAAUUAUGAAACAGCCCUCCAUAGUGCAGAAAAAAAUUAAAUGUUGCUGGCAUAAGAAGGAAAUUAUGUCCCUUCAUACUCUGCCUUCUCUGAAAUUUUUGGGGUGAUGAAAAUGUUAGUUGUGGUGGUGCUUAACCUGGUGUGCACAUUUGUCAAAACACAUUGAACUGUACACUUAAAAUGGAUGCAUUUUAUUGAAUGUAAAUUAUGCCUCAAUAAAGUUGAUUUUAAAACAAACAAAAAAGCCAGCUCUCUUAUAGGCUGGCACCCAGACAAAAAUGGAAGUCAGAUGACAUGAGUUUUUCCUUCAGAAUAAACCCUGUUACUUAGGGAGAUCUUGAAACCUCCGUUUCUACCUUCUCCAGUGUGUGUGGGGGGAGGACCUCAAAAAAACCAAAUCCAUUGCCGUUGAGACAAUUGACUCGUAGCGAUCCGGUAAAAACCAAAACGAAACCCACUGCCAGUGAGUGAAUUCCGACUCAUAGAUGAGCGACCCUAUAGUGAAAUUAAAUUAUCAGUCCUUUCCAUUUCUACCUUGUGGUAAAAUAAAGUAGUAUGGUAGAAGUGAUUUUUGACCUUUUGAGUCUUGGUUGCUUCGAGAAGCUGAUAAAGGCUACGGAAUAUUUCCCUAGAAAAAUGUACAUACAAAAAUCACAUAUAAUUUCAGGGGCUUCACAGCCUCCCCCC